GUUGGGAUGAGGUUCUGUCCUCGCUCGGGCAUCCCCCGCGAAGAGUAUCAAUAUAAAGAGGAUCCGGCGACAAAGGAAUGAAUUAUUGCAUCUCCCCAGCUCCUCGCUCUGCCCUCUUCCUCCCAGCUUCUUGCAUUCGGCCCCGCUUGCACCCAGCCCUCCAUCUUCGACAACCUGCAAGACAGCAUGGCACCCGUCGCUACCGACUCGGCCGUGCCCUCCCUCAAGGAGAACCUGACCUUAAUGGCCACGCACGAUUGUCAGCUCAAGCUCGUCAAGUCUGAUGCGCCCAAGCCUGGUCCUGGUCAGGCUCUCGUGCACGUUCGUGCCACCGGUGUCUGCGGCUCUGACGUGCACUUCUGGAAGCACGGCUGCCUCGGCCCCUGGACCAUCACCGACCAGACCGCGCUGGGACACGAAUCAGGCGGAAUCGUCAUUGCUGUCGGUGCAGGCGUGACAAACGUCAAACCUGGUGACCGCGUCGCUAUCGAGCCCGGUGUACCAUGCGGUAAAGCUACGUGCAAAUAUUGCCUGACGGGCCAGUACAACCUUUGCCCAACGGUAGAUUUCUACAGUGUUCCGCCCGCAAACGGCACCCUUACACGCUACCAUGUCCACCCAGCUGGGUGGCUUCACAAAGUGCCGGACUCGCUCUCUUACGCCGAGAUUGCCUGCUUGGAGCCCUUGUCCGUCUGCUUGCACGCCACGCAACGCGCCGACAUCCGUCUCGGCCACCCGGUUCUGAUCACUGGUGCAGGGCCUAUCGGGGUAGUACAGCUUCUUUGCGCAAAAGCAGCCGGCGCAAGCCCCAUCGUCAUUACGGAUCUGCAGCAGGACCGAUUGGACUUUGCAAGAAAGCUGGUGGCGGAUGUGGAGACGUACAAGGUGGAUGUGAACAAGACACCUCGGGAUGCUGCAAGGGAAAUUGUUGCGCUCUUCACCAAGGCGGCGGGUGGCGUUGAGGAAUUGAUGCCCUCGAUCGCCAUGGAAUGUACUGGUGUUGAGUCCAGUAUCUCUACUUGCGCGUUCUCUGUCGCUCCGGGUGGAAGGAUCAUGGUCAUUGGUGUCGGCAAGCCUAAGAUUUCGAUCGAUUUCAUGCACAUUUCUACCAACGAGCAGACUUUGCUCUUCCUCUUUCGAUACCGCGAUACCUGGCCCAAGGCCAUCCGGCUCGUCGCUUCCGGAGUCAUCAACGUCAAGCAAAUUGUAACCUCUACCUUCCCCCUCGAGAAAGCAAAGGAAGCUGUCGAGCACGCGGCUGACCGGACCAAGUUCUCAGUUAAGACAAUCAUUGUCGAUGAUGAAUAAACGAGAAAAGUUAGCGCUUGAGGACAGAAUUGGGCUGAUGCUCAGUAAUGGAUACAUCGGGUUAAUAAUAGUAUACGCAUUGAGGCUAGCGAAUCGAUCAAGAGGAAGGCAAGCCGGCCUGUUUUGCAAGUCCUAUCCAUUGACAUCAUUGUGAUAAAAAGUUAGACUGCCACAAUCUGUCUCACGCCUGCUAUCGCUUCGGACAGCCAGCUCGCUUCGAUCGCGCUGACGCAGCGCACAAACAGCUGAGACGUCAAGACCACUUCCUCAAACACAAUCACAUCCGGCUGUCGAUGUGCGAGGACAGAGGAUGGGUGUAUUUUAACG